AUGACCGGAAAUGAAAAUCAAUGUUCAUCAUGUCCAUAUCGAUAUUUCGCCCAACGCACAAUAACAGAUGAUGGUAUCUUGAAAGCAGAAAAAUGCUCAAAAUGUCCUGCUAAUAAAAAAGUUUCCAGUCGUGGUGAUACAUGCAUACCAUGUCUUAAUACAGAUGAUAUAUGUGAAUGUCAGGAUAAUGAAAUAUGUCAAAAAAUUGAAGAAAAUAAAUUAUUAACAAUGAUUGAGCUUGAAAAUGGCUCGCAGGAAAAUUCCAUUUAUAUUGCAAAGAAUAUCGGAAAAGCGAUAUAUGGUUGCAACAAUAAUAAUACGGAAGCUUGUCAACAUUUAGCUAAUAUUUGUGUACUACAAAAUUAUCGUACCGAACAAUCUUCAGCAUGUACGGAAUUCAAAAAAAUUGCUAAUUCUAUGUUUUAUAAACGAAAUAGUGAACUACUAACAACACCAAUUUUAUUUUAUACCAAUAGCGAAGCAUCAAUUGAACUACUGCAUGAAGCUGCGAUAUCAGCAACUUUCAGUUUUAAUAAACAACAUUCGAAUUCAUUCCUGGAAAUUAUCCUAAUUCAAUAUGCUCUCAAUGGUACUUUCCUUGGAAUGAUAUCAUUGAGUGAAAGUAAUUUAAAUGCAUGUACACAGCAAAAGGAUAAAUUUCAUUUUGGAACAUUUUAUAAGAUGAAAUGUUUCGUACAACUUCAACAUUUAAUGGAUCUUUCCGGUGGUGAACCUAUUUUUAGCGAUUUAUUUAUUUUAUUCAUGAAUAAAUCGGGUCAGAAGCAACUAUAUGCUGUACCAAUUUUAAAUGAAAAUAUACGAAUGCAUCAUGAAUUUGUAAAUCGUUUAACACCAAAUGAACUUUACAAUCCAAAAUGGAUUCUUACUCGACGAUUGUAUUUCGUUGAUGCAAUUUCAUUAAAUACUUUAAAUGGACUACAACAUUCGGUUAUCGUUCGAUAUCCGGAAAAGAUUGAUAUUAGAAUACAAAUAGAUGCUGAAAGCGAUGGUCAUAUAUUAGCACCGCAUUUACGAAUUCGGCAUGCGGAAGUACAAUGGAAUCCGGAAAAGCAAUUAUUGUUACAAUUUGAUAUCACUUAUAUUGCUAAUGAAUCGCAACUUUUUCAACAUUUCGAAAUUGUAUUACUGAUUCUGGCUGCCUUCUCAUUUAUUUAUGCAGCUAUACGAGCAUACAGUUGGGGAAAGCGUUCUGGUAAAAUGAUUAUUGAUAGUGCGACACUUAUCAAACUUAUCUUUUUUGAAUUGGAAAUUUUAAGUGAUAUAUUUAUUUUUGUUACUCUAAUACCAACUAUAUUUACUAUUUUUGCAUAUAAAAUGCAACAAAUACCACAGUAUGCUGUGUUCAGUCAUAAACAGGAAAAAACAUUAUUAACAUAUAUAUUAAUAGCAGCGAUACUUAAAUUGAUCAGUUUAUUUCACUGUAGUGCUAAUUUAAUUCUUACCAAAACAUUUUUCAUCGAUUGGGAACGACCUCAUGUGACCUUUGAAAAAAGUAACACAACACCAUCAUCAUCAUCAUCAUCAUCUGAUACGAAAAAGAAUGUUAAACUCACCAAGCCUAUUAUAUGGCGAACUUGUCUAUUAGCAAACGAAUGGAACGAAUUACAAGGUUAUCGCAAAACAAGCGUUUGUUUACAAAUGAUCACUAUGAUCGCAUUACUUCAUUGGUUGAAACUUGAAAAUUGGGCAAUUAUUACACCUGGAUUACAUACCGAUGUUCCGAUAUUUUCUGCAAGUACAACAUUAAGCGAAUUAGCCAUAAUUAGCAGUAUUUAUUUGGCAGUAUCAGUGAUUCAAUGGCUUUUAAAUAUCACAGUUAUUGAACGAUUCUUAUUAGAUCCAUUUCAUAAUUUAAUCGAUCUAUGUUCAAUUUCAAAUAUUAGCGUACUUGUCCUUACGCAUCCAUUACAUGGAUACUAUAUACAUGGUCGUUCAGUACAUGAUCGAGCUGAUACUGAUAUGGUUGAGAUGAAUCAAUGCUUACAGAGAGAACGAGAAAAUUUAUGUGGUACACGUGGUUUGGAAGCAGGUAGUGACCUUCAAACUUAUAUCAUUAAUCUACCAAGAGCAUUUCGUGAACAAUUCGAUGCAGCAUCACAAAUAUUAGAAAAUGAAGUCGAACAGGGUGAUAAAUUUACCACUAAUCAUUUUGAUGCCACAACUGCUAAUAUUCGAAAAAUUGCUAAGGGGCGUGAACAAUUGAAUAAUUUCUUAAUAAAAUUUAUUGAACACAAUAAUCUAAAAGUGGAUUAUAUUGUUGAUGAUCCAACAUUACUUGAAUUAUUAUUCGAUAUCGAAUUUAUUGAUUCGACAAAUAUUGGCCAUUUUCUAAGGGAUAAAUCAGAAAUAGCUUAUAGUGGAGCAUUCAUAUAUGGUAAUGAAUGGAUUUAUUUAUCAUUUGAAUUAUCAUUAUUUUGUAGUGUGUAUAUUUUCACGAAGAGUUAUACAUGCUCAGCUUUUAUUACUUAUAUCGUAUCAAUUAUUAUCAAAAAUCUUAUCGCAACCUAUUUCACUAAUCAUCUUAUCAAAAGUAGUUAUGUUGAUCAUCGAUUUCUAUUUUGA